AUUUCUGACUCAGUGUUCUUCAAGAAUGUAUUAAUUUCAUCAUGUUAGCGUUAAUGCACCAUAUGAUUUUUUUUUAGAUUUUAGAAUUGCGUUUUUAUGGACCUCCACUUUUAUUUAGAAUGAGGAUGAUGUGUCGACAACGCGGCAGUUUGAAUUCUGUUCAGCUUAAAGAACAUUCAUAUCUACGCUAUUAACUUCAGAUUUUCUAGGUAAUCCUCUGCCAUUCGCGAUGGGUAAGAAGAAAGGAAAGGACAAAAGUUCCAAAGAGGAAGACUGCAUCGACUUGACAGGCCCUUCCUGUUCCCACAUUCGCAAGGGAAUAGACCACAGCUUGUUUAAGAGGACUGCUCCAGAUGUAGAUUGGAACUCGUGUCAAGACUGCCAAGGGGGAUUGAACACAAAUUCUGAGGAUGAAAUUAAUGGAGAGCCACAGGUUCUAUGGGUGUGUCUGAAAUGUGGACACAGAGGCUGUGGGAGAUACUCAGAAGAUCAACAUGCUGUGAAGCACUUUGAGAAGCCACGUUCAGAUACGCAUUGCCUUGUACUGAAUCUGGACAAUUGGAGUGUGUGGUGUUACAUCUGUGAUGACGACGUUCAGUAUUCAAGCACAGGACAACUGGCUCAGUUGGUGGCCAAUAUAAAAAAACUGGCACCGUCAGACAGUGAAAGAAAAGUAAAAAAAACAAAAGAACCAAGAGUCAGCCGUAAUGACUUGAAGGACGAGGAAGCCAACCAUGUGGAGGAAGAAAAGGAGAGCAAAGGCAGACAAAAGAAGAGUGUUAAGAAAGAUGCCAGCCCAAAGGAAAAGAAGACUGAGGCGGUGGGAAACAGUGGUGCUCUUUCAGUCAAGGGUCUAAGCAAUCUUGGGAACACCUGUUUCUUCAAUGCUGUUGUACAGAACCUGUCACAGACAUCGCUUUUGAGGCAGGUCCUCGGUGGUGUUACUAAUGAGAAGACCAGAGUGAUCCUGACACCUAGCGUCUCCUCAGAACUGGAGCCCAUUGAAGUGCAGCUAGAUCAACCCGGAUCCCUUACCCUCUCCAUGUGGCAGCUGCUUAACGAGAUCCAGGAAACCAAGAAAGGGGUUGUCACUCCCAGGGAGCUGUUCACCCAAGUGUGUAAAAAGGCUGCCAGGUUCAAAGGUUUCCAGCAGCAGGACAGCCAGGAGCUUCUGCGGUAUUUGCUGGACGGUAUGAGAGCUGAGGAAAUUAAAAGAAUUCAUUCUGGAAUAUCAGAAGUUCUGAAGAGCUCUGGAAAGAAUGCUGAUUCAGAAGAAUCCAAGACAUUGAUUAAACACUAUGAGAAAAAUGGAGCGCACAAAAACUUUGUUGACCACGUCUUUGGGGGAGAGAUGACCAGCACAGUGAUGUGCAAAGAAUGCAAGACGGUGUCCAUAGUGACGGAAAUGUUCCUUGACUUGUCACUUCCUGUUUCAGAUGAGGCAUACAGGAAAAAGAAUCAAAAGAAAGUGGUUCAGAGGAGUAGUGUGAGUGAUGAUGGUAUGGACAGUCCUACUCCGGUGACCAAUGGGAAUGAUGACUUGCCAACAGGGUCUGGCAGUAAGUACCAGCAGAAAAAAGCCAAGAAGCAGGCCAAGAAACAAUCUAAGAACCAGAGGCGGCAGCAGAAGCCGGAAGUGAAAGUCACACUGGACGAGCUAGGGAGCCAGGACGAGAUGGGUGGCGGUGAUGCAGAAGCGUCAGCCCCACAGAGCACAUCCACAGAACCAGACGCCGGCGCCGAGACUGAGGAGAAAACCCAGACGGACACGAACCAGCUGUCAGAGGUAGAUCACUCAGAGCAGGGCCAGAAGGAGAUGGAUGAUGAGUCCAAGGAUGAAGGUCAGCAGCAGCAGCAGCAGAAGGAAGAUGAAGAGGAGGAGGAGGAGGAGGCCGCAGAUGAUUCUGCAGUCAGCAAUCGUUUUAUGGCGCUUGCAGAGGACCAGACAGAAGAGGAUGUGGCAGAGGAGAAGAAGGAGGAGGAGGAGGAGGAGAAGAAGGAAGAGGAGGAGGAGGAGAAAUUGGCUGAAGAGCUGAAACACUUGUCCUUAAAUGGGACUUUGGAGUCUUGUGAGCCUGGCACUGAGAAUGGGGAAGUGUCUGAUGAGAGCCGGGAGUACACUGUGGUGAACCAGGACCCAGAGAAGGCCUUCCACACCUUAGCCACCAGGACGACGCCCGACAAGCAGGAGUGCUCCGUGGCGUCCUGCCUCAUCCAGUUCACCGAAGUGGAGAAGCUUAGCCAGAGUAACAGCUUGCUGUGUAUCACCUGCACAAAACACCAGUCUGCUUCAAAGAGUGCAGAAGGCGCCAAGAAGAAUGUGUACAGAGAUGCCCUGAAGCAGAUGCUCAUCUCGUCUCCGCCACCGGUGCUGACACUUCACCUGAAGAGAUUUCAACAGGUUGGUUACAGUGUAUGCAAGGUGAACCGUCAUGUCCAGUUCCCUCAACUUUUAGACUUGGCACCAUACUGCUCGGUCAACUGCAAGAACGUGUCAGAGGGAAUGACUCAGGUGCUGUACAGCCUCUAUGGGAUUGUUGAGCACAGUGGGACAAUGAGAUCGGGGCACUACACUGCCUACGUGAAAGCUCGGCCUCACUGUCAAAACAUGUCAUCCAAUGGUGCAGCCAAGCAAGGUGAUGGUGAGCCACCGGCAGGAUCGUGGUUUUACAUCAGUGACUCAAGCGUCCAGCCUGUCACGGAAGCCAAAGCGCAGAGUUCCCAAGCCUACCUCCUGUUCUACGAGAGGAUCUCCUAAGCCUCUUCUUUUUAAGUGCCCAAAAACCAUACAAGAACCACUGCUGCUGCUUUAAAUACCACACACACACACACACACACACACACACACAGACACACACAGACAAAUAAAUGAUCUUGAGCUGAACUGGAAGUUGCUGGAAAAAUAUAAAUAAUCCCCCCAUUCCUCUCAGAGAAGGCUUUCAGCGCAGCUGUGUGGUUUUAUGAUGAACUGGUGAGUCAGUUGUUGGGGAAAAAAAGAGUGGUUUAUUUGGGUCUUUUGCUUUAGAUUAGAACAAAUUAAAUUGCAUUACUUGGGUUACUUGGGGAGUUCUAUUAAAGGUGCAGUCUGCGAUUCAAUACACAUUUAGUAAAAUUCAGUGAAUUGUGCCUCACAGUCCUCUAGCUGUCCGUUCUGUGAGUGUGCUCAAAU